ACUUCCAGUUCCAAGUGUUCAAGAACUAUCACUUCAACGGCCAGAGAAAGUGCCACCAAGGUACAUAAGAGAUGACAUCAUUGUCACCAAGCCUUCUGAUCCAUCUCUUUGCAUACCCUUGAUAGACAUGGCCAAGUUGUUCAACACAGACACACAAGAAGAUGAGCUUCAAAAGCUUCACCUUGCGUGCAAAGAUUGGGGUGUUUUUCAGAUUGUAAAUCAUGGAGUUUCAAAUGCAUCCCUUACGAAUAUGAGGAAUCAAGUUCAAAGAUUUUUUGAGCUCCCUUUUCAAGAGAAAAAACUAUGGGCACAGAAACCAGGAAGUCUCGAAGGCUAUGGCCAAGCAUUUGUAACUUCCGAGCACCAAACACUAGAUUGGAAUGACAUGAUCUUCCUCAAAUCUCUACUACCCAUUCAGAACAGAAAAUUGGAUUUGUGGCCCCAAAACCCUCCAGAGUUCAGGGAAACAUUAGAGAGAUAUUCUGAAGAUAUGAGGGGGACAACAAUUUCAAUUGUGAAGUUCAUUACUAUGGCUUUGGGGCUUCCUGAUACAAAGAUAUCGGAGAGUUUCCAAGAAGGACUAUAUGACAUAAGGAUGAAUUGCUAUCCACCCUGUCCUGAGCCCGAAAGAGUUCUUGGGAUUGUGCCCCAUGCUGACAAUUCUGGGAUCUCUCUCUUGCUUGACUGUGGUGAUUUUCCAGGGUUGCAGUUCUUCAAAGAUGGAAAAUGGGUCCCUGUUGAACCUAUAGAGGGGGCUAUUGUUGCAAACAUGGGCCAUAUAAUUGAGGUAAUGAGCAAUGGGAUAUACAAGGCCCCAGAGCACAGAGCUGUAGUAAAUAAGCUGAAGGAAAGGUUAUCAAUAGUGACAUUCUGCUAUCCAAGCCCUUCUAUAGACGUUGGACCUGCUGACGAUCUAAUUGGUAAAGGAAACUUACCUCUGUAUAAGAAGUUGACACAUGCAGAGUACUUCAGCAGCUUCUUCAAUAGAAAGCUUGAUGAAUCUUUCAUUGAUAGUCUCAAACUGUGA